AAGCAAAGAGAAGAGGAAACAGAGCAGAGAAGCAGAGCAACCAUGGCCGCGCGCGUGCUCCCCCUCCUCCUCGUCGUCGUCGUCGCCGCGGCCAUGGCGAGAGCCCCCACGGCCCACGCGUGGGGCAAGGAGGGCCACUACAUGGUGUGCAAGAUCGCCGAGGGUUUCCUGACGAAGGAGGCGGCGACGGCGGUGAAGGAGCUCCUCCCCGGGUGGGCCGGCGGCGAGCUCGCGGAAACGUGCUCGUGGGCGGACACCGAGCGGUUCCGGUACCGGUGGUCGAGCCCCCUCCACUUCGCCGACACCCCCGGCGACUGCCAGUUCAACUACGCCCGGGAUUGCCACAACACAAACGGUGAGAAGGACAUGUGUGUGGUCGGAGCGAUCAACAACUACACCAACGCGCUCGAGGACUCAUCAAGUCCAUAUGAUCCAACCGAGAGCUUGAUGUUCUUGGCACACUUCGUCGGCGACGUUCACCAGCCUCUCCACUGCGGCCACGUCAAAGAUCUUGGUGGCAACACCAUCAUCGUCCAUUGGUACACAAGGAAGAGCAACCUUCAUCACGUGUGGGAUGUGAACGUCAUUGAAACGGCCUUGAAGGAAUUCUACAACGAGGACGUGAGCACGAUGAUAAAGGCCAUCAAGAUGAACAUCACUGAUGAGUGGUCCACCGAGGAGAAGCAGUGGGAGACUUGCCGUAGCCGGACAAAGACUUGUGCCGAUAAGUACGCCGAGGAGAGUGCAAAGCUCGCGUGCAAAGCGUACGAGGGUGUUGAGCAAGAAUCCACCUUAGAAGAUGACUAUUUCUUCGCUGCCCUGCCUGUUGUUCAGAAGAGGAUUGCUCAAGGUGGCGUGAGGCUUGCUGCAAUACUCAACCGGAUCUUCAGCGGGAACAAGGUUCAGAGUAGUUGAUCCAAUAGAGAUUAAACAGAUGAAAGAUUAAGAAAAUAGCCCGCAUUCUGAAUUACAAUAAGAUUAUCUUGUUUGACCAUGUUAACUUCACGGUUACGAUUAGAUGUAUCCUCAUUUAGCCAUUUGUCAAAGUAGCUUAGAUAGCUACAGAACAUUGUAAUUCCUGUAAGCAAGUGGUGAUUUAUCAAUAUUGCACUGUCUUUUUGUAUCA